AGCCCAGCAGCGUAGAUAGUUAGCAAUAUCUUGGCUGACGAAGUGUUUUAUCAUACGUCGCGUACCGUUUCGGCUUCCAUCACACGUAAACAAGUUUUAAUAUUUAUAUAACGUGUUCUAUCGUAAAUUACUCGCGUACAACUAUCGUCUGCAUUAUUAUGUACUGUACGAAUUAAUCAUAUUAUGUAAUUAAUUGGCAUCGCGGAUCCGUACAAGGUGAGUUUAAUUACAACAGUUGGCAAAUGAACGACGAAUUUGAAAAUUUUCGAUGCACCUAAUUGAUCGAAGUGACUGCGAAGAGUAGAUUUGAAAUCUCUAAAUAAUGAAAAGGUCAUUCUGCAUUGAAAUCAAAUUGUAAUAAAGGGGACCAGAAAGGCGUUGGAAUUGAACGAUGUGUGUACCAAGGUGACAUGUAUGUGAUAUGGGAGAAUCAUCGCUUGUGCCUGAUCUAGAUCCUCAGGCAGUGGAGCGAUGGAUCGUGGAAAAAGCCAGCCCCGACUUUGUCGAAAGGAUACUUAGAUUGAGAAACCAGAAGACCGAAUCGUCCAGUAAUUUCUUAGAAGAGAUGCCGACCAGAAAUAAACGCACGUCGGUUACUUCGGAGCUGUUCAAUACGUGGAUUUCCUCGUCUCCGUCCAAAUCUCCUACCAUAAAAAGCAGCAGCAACAAUAUCAACACGAUUGUAGUGUCAAAUGUUCCCCGUUCGAGUGGCGAAUGGAAACGCCAAAUGGGGCUACUGGAUGAAGCCGAUAUGUUCAUGGAAUUAAUACGAGACGUGUCCAACGAAUUGGAUAUCGACGUGCUGUGCCAUAAGAUAUUAGUUAAUGUCGGCUUAUUGACCAGAGCAGACCGAGGGAGUCUGUUUUUGGCGAAAGGACCUCCUGAUAAUAAAUAUUUAGUAGCUAAAUUGUUCGAUGUUACGGUAGAUACGGAAUUGGACGAAGCGAUGGAGAAGGCGAAAUCAGAUGAGAUACGUAUUCCUUUCGGCGUCGGUGUGGCCGGUCAAGUGGCUCAAACCAAACAGCUUAUGAAUAUCAGAAAUGCUUAUGAAGAUCCUCGAUUCAAUAGCAAUAUUGACAACAUAACGGGAUAUAAAACUAAUUCGAUAUUAUGCGUGCCAAUUUGUAAUUACGACGGCGAGGUGAUCGGUGUUGCUCAAAUUAUUAAUAAAACCGACGGCUCGAAUGCUUUCACAGAACGAGAUGUCCAAAUAUUCCAAAGGUAUUUAACGUUUUGUGGCAUUGGUAUUCAAAACGCUCAAUUAUUCGAAUUAUCUAUUCAAGAGUUUCAAAGGAAUCAGAUGCUGUUGAACUUAGCCCGCAGCAUAUUCGAAGAGCAAAAUAACCUCGAAUGUUUAGUAACGAAAAUCAUGACUCAAGCUAGAGAUUUGCUAAAAUGCGAACGCUGCGCCGUCUUCUUAUUGGAUUUAAAUUGUUGCGAAGCUAGCCAUUUGAAAAAAAUCGAAGAAAGACCGAGGAAACAUAUUCGAGAAUAUAGACCGAUUUGCAAACGAAAGGACAGCGUUGUAAAUAUACAAGAAAUAUUCGCGUACGGAAAAGAGGAUAUUAAAUUUCCAACGUUGUUUGAAUUACGAUCAGAUUCGGACGAUGAUCAUGUUACGUAUUGCGGUAAUGUCGAUGGCAAGGAUUCCAGGCUUUUGCAGAUUGCUAAAUACGUCGCGUCAACUGGCCAGGUGGUCAAUAUUGAAAAUCUGACUCCUUGGACCAGUGAGAUAGAAGAUGAUUUCGAAAUGAAAUGCAUAUUAUGUAUGCCAAUAUUAAACGGCCAGAAAAAAUUAAUCGGUGUUGCUCAAUUAAUCAAUAAGGAAACUGGACAAACUUUUACCGAAGGUGAUAUUUCUAUUUUCGAAGCAUUCGCCAUAUUCUGUGGUCUGGGUAUACAUAACACUCAGAUGUACGAGAAUGCAUGUAAAUUAAUGGCUAAGCAGAAGGUAGCUUUGGAAUGUUUAUCGUAUCAUGCUACUGCUACACUUGAAGAUACGAGUAGACUUGCCCAAAUUCCUAUACCGUCUGCCGAGGUUUAUAACCUUUAUAGUUUUAAAUUCAUCGAUUUCGAUUUAACCGACGAUGAUACGUGUAAAGCUGCGAUUCGAAUGUUUUUGGAGUGUAAUUUAGUUCAGAAGUUUCAAAUUCCUUAUCAGGUUCUAUGCAAAUGGGUUCUGAGUGUGAGAAAAAAUUAUAGACCUGUCAAGUACCAUAAUUGGAGACACGCUUUGAAUGUAGCUCAAACCAUGUUUGCGAUGCUCAAAACUGGCAAAAUGGAAAGAUUCAUGAACGAUUUAGAGAUUUUAGGUCUGUUGGUAGCCUGUUUAUGUCACGAUCUCGAUCAUCGAGGUACUAAUAACGCAUUCCAGACUAAAAUAGAAUCUCCAUUGGCUAUUCUAUACACGACCAGUACAAUGGAACAUCAUCACUUCGAUCAGUGCGUGAUGAUUUUAAACAGUGAAGGAAAUAAUAUCUUUCAAGCUCUGUCUCCGGAAGACUACAGAGCUGUUAUGAAAAUAGUCGAAAAUUCCAUCCUUUCUACUGAUCUCGCGAUGUAUUUCAAGAAAAAGAAUCGAUUCAUGGAAUUGGUAGAAAAUGGCGAAUUCGACUGGCAGAGUGAAGAAAAGAAAGAAUUACUUUGUGGUAUCCUAAUGUCAGCUUGUGAUGUCAGCGCUAUCGCUAAACCUUGGGAGAUACAACAUAAAAUGGCUAAGUUGGUCGCUGAUGAAUUUUUCGAUCAGGGUGAUUUAGAAAAGCUGCAAUUAAAUGAACAACCAGUGGCCAUGAUGGAUCGAGAAAGAAAAGACGAAUUGCCCCAGAUGCAAGUCGGUUUCAUCGAUGUGAUUUGUUUGCCUUUGUAUAAGGUUUUGGCUGAAACUUUCCCUUGGAUGCAGCCUUUAUACGAUGGAACGAUGGAAAACCGGCAACACUGGCAAGAUUUAGCUGAAAAAGUAGAAAUGGGAUUAACAUGGAUAGAUCACGACGUAAUCGAGAAACCAGUUGAAGAAUUCACGACAAAUCAUAAAAAAGACAUAGAAUUCACAGUUACCACGUUGAACUGCGCUCAAUCGGCGAACAAGAAACCGUUAGAUAAAAAUCAUUUAAAUUUGGAUUUAGACGCAACGUCGACACAAACGCUGAAUUCGAAUUUCAGUAACGGAUCCACACCCAUCAUGGGCAUCACACGAUUUACCAGUUUUCGUCGUAAUCGAAGCUGUAACAAAGGUACUAGGCUACGAUCGGCUCAUCAUUCGUUUCACAAAGAGCACAAAAGUUCAUUCGAUUCGCCCAAGUUUGAAAAAUCCAAGUUAUCUUUGGACGAGAAAGUUAGCACCGAGUCUCCGGUAUCUUCGCCCAAUGAUAAAGUAUCUACGACUUCGACGACAACCAAAACUAAAAAUAAGGUGUGCUGUGUAAUGUAAAUAUAUUAAGACGAUUUUUACCGUGUAAUUUAAUUUUUUUUUUCUCUCUAGAUUUAAGUAUUUAAGAUUAUAAGUGUAGAUUGCGUAAUUUUGUGGUUUCAAUUUGGCCUACCUUUAAUGUUUAAUUUCCCAAAAAUAUUGUUUUUUUCCCCUCAUGUUUGGCAAAAUCUUUACUUAUUUAUUUAUGUAGAUGUCAAUUUCCUCGUAUUCUUUCCUCCUUUUUAUUGGCAAUGGCAUUGUGCGCAUGUGAUAAUAGUCGUCAUUUUAACGGAUUUUCUUCUCCAAGAUGGAUCUAAGCAAUAUUAAUUAGCAAUAAUUAUACGAAAACGUGUGUUUUUAAUCUGUCAGCUUAUAUGUAGUUGUCGACAUUCUCUUCCUGUCCUUUUUUUCCCGAGUGCACCUUGUGUUUAGAAUGCUUUCUUUCUUUCCUUCUUUCUUUUUUUUCUUUUUUUUUUUUUAUAAUUACCUACCUACGUAUGUAUUUUUGUUGAUCGUCGUCUUGAUUAGUAAUUUAGUUUUUCCGAACCGCAAUAAAAAUAAACUUGAAAAAAAAUUCUUUGUGAUAUGUUAUAUAGUAUUUAAGAAGGGUUACAAUUUUUUCCCAUUUCCUUCGGUUAUUCUGACAGUCCAUUGGAUAAAGUUACCUGAUGUCUUUUGAAAUGUGGAUUUUCAGCGUAACUAUGCUGUAUCUCAUAAAUAUUUUCGAUGUUUGAAUUUUAUAUAUUUUUUAACUAGUCUGUUUUUAAUAAAAUGUUUGAAAUAUUA